CUCCAAUUCUCCAACCCAUCAAGCCUCAAGCACACAUCAUUAAACAAACCACCGAAACAUAUUCCUUACUAUUAAAUCAUCAACAAAAUGAAGUUCUUCACUGCCGCCGUUCUCUCCGCCGCUGCUGUUUCAGCAAGCCCCGUCUUCACCGUCUCUGACUUUUAUGCCGGCUGCAUCCCACACAGCACUCAGUGCAGCUACUCCUUCGGGGUGAUUCAGCCCGGCACCAUGGAAAAGACACCCGUUCAGUGCGACAUCAUGCUCAGUGCCACCGGCGGCAGCAACCUGCCUGACGUCAAGGAGGGCCCGUGCAAGGAAUCUUCACGGACGUUCAACAUUGUCCGCAGCCGAAGGGGUCUCACCCUCACAGUGUCACAGCCCGUCACUCCUUCCAGCAACCAGACUGGCGAGCACUUUAUUCCCAACAAGCAGAUCGUCACAUCCAAGGAGCCCAAUGCUAUGGUUCAGACCUACAAGGGCCCUAAGAGCUUUGACCUGAACUAAAAGCAGGGAGCGAGAGAGAGCAUGUACGAUAUCAGAUGGAUCUAGGGAUAAAUGAAGGAUGAAUUUAUUAGAGUCUGCAUGAGCAGUACACAACAUUUGACACAAAGACACAUUCAGAGAAUAAAAAGUUGUGAGACAUCAGUUUGUACUUCAACAGCAGGCUACUGGCUCUUGCCACCCUGGCAGACUGGCGGUUCGAAUGGCAAAUGACCACUACCUCUAGCACAGGAAACAGAAGAAAAUGUUUCAUUUAAUAAAAGAAAGGAGAAAAAAAAGGUUAAAUCAGUAGGAUCCCAAAUAACAGCCAAGAAUUGCCAGG